AGCAGGAGCAGCUGGGGAAGGGAAGGCUGCUUCGCCCUCCCAGCUGGUUGUAGGGCUGGGGAAGGGGCCGCCCGCUUUCAUGCAGCCAGCCACCUCCGCCCUUGUGAGGGUCUCGGGCGGAAUCUCUGGGACUGGGCUGGGAAGGCUCUUGCGCGCUUCGUCUGCAGUUGCCCUGGGAGGGGAGCGGGGCUGGCGGAGAGGUCCUAGCUAGCCUUGAGGGUGCUCUGGUGCAGCCACCCUUCUUCCUCUGCCCUCGGGAGCCUCCGGUCUCUGGCUCUGUCUGCAAGGCUCGCUGGCGUGCUCUGGGCACCCGCCGCGUGUGUCUAUCUAGCCCAAGAGUCUCUGCUGCACCCUUGCCUUGCGCUGUUUGGGCAAGACUGGUCUGUCUUGACAUCUGGAAUUGAGACACAUGAAGAAGUUUAGUAAACACACAGGAUCAUAACAAAGGCACUUGAUGAAUAUCUACAUAGAAGGUGCUAGUGUUACCACCUUGUUGUGGUCACUAAACACCAUAAUUUGAAGGACUCCCUCAAACCACAGAAACUGGCAUGAACUUCAGCUAACAGUGUCUCCAAUAAGUGAGGCAAAUCCAUAUGUUUGCAAUAGAAACGGUUUUCACGCAGAGAGAAGCAAGCCAUGUGUGUUACACUUUCAGAAGUGGCAUCUUGAUGUGGUCAGCUUUCUUGGGUAUGAAACCCACACACAUUUUGGAAUGACUGGAAUUUAGAGAGGUACAAAGAACACGUGGGACCUUUGUAUGUUAAUACAUCUGAAAAAGCUGAGGUGUGUUCUAUGUAGUAGAACAUGUAGCCCUAUAAACUGCAGAUGUAGUCAUGGCAUUUAGUGACCUCUCAAGCUGUAGAAGUAUUACUGAGCUUUGCCAUCAGACACAACUUUAUCUCUAAACUGGAUGAACGGUGAAGCGUGCUAAUCAAGAGAGAUGCUUUUGAAUGGGAAUGAUGCCUCUUGUCACGCAAAGAUGCUCCUGACCCUUGAGGAAGGGGGUGAAGGGUUUACAGCGUGGAUUGUCCUGUGACCAGGCUUCAUGCAGUUCAUGCUGGCUUCGACUUGAGGAUCUGCCUUAAAACUGAAACUUCAAGAUGUGUUGCAGUUUUUGAUCUAUCCCAGAGACGAGAGCCUGUAAAAUGGCACAGACCAGCUUGCUUCAGGGCAAACAGUUUUAUUGUCGAGAGUGGGUUUUUCACAAGCUUCAGCACUGCCUACAGGAAAAGACAAGCUGCAGCAACAGUACUGCCAACAAGCCAUCCGUUGUACUAAAUUCUGGGACUAACACUUGUGUCGUCCCUGGCAAGGGAGCUGCUUGGGGGGUGUUGUUGGUCGGAGGGCCUGGGAGUGGCAAGACGGCCCUCUGUACUGAGCUACUGUGGCCGAGCUCACCUGCCAGCCUCCAGAGGGGUUUACAUCACCAAACCCUGGCCUUCCACUUCUGCAGGGCUCAAGAUUCUGACACACUCUGUGUUGGAGGCUUUAUUAGAGGGCUGGUUGCCCAGAUCUGUCACAGGGGGCUGGUCCAAGGAUAUGAAGACAAACUGAGAGAUCCUGCUGUUCAAAGUCUCUUGCAGCCUGGGGAGUGUGAGAGGAACCCUGCUGAAGCAUUUAAAAGGUGCAUUCUUCUUCCCCUUCUGGGAACCAAGCCCCCACAGCAAAGUCUCUUCCUGCUCGUAGAUUCAGUAGAUGAGGGUUGUAAUACUGCAGAAAGUGACCAGACAUCUACAGGCUUAUCUGGAACUAUAGCUGAACUUCUAGCUAGUCAUUAUGAGUUUUUUCCUCCAUGGUUGCUGCUCCUGUGCUCUGCCCGGAAGCAGAGCAAAGCUGUUACAAAAAUGUUUACUGGUUUUCGGAAAAUAAGUCUGGAUGACCUCCGAAAGGCGUAUAUUGUGAAAGAUGUGCAGCAGUAUAUUCUUCAUCGACUGGAUCAAGAAGAAGCCCUGAGACAACAUCUCACAAAAGAAACUGCAGAAAUGUUGAAUCAACUUCACAUCAAAAGCAGUGGAUGUUUUCUGUAUCUAGAACGUGUCUUAGAUGGGGUAGUAGAAAACUUUAUCAUGUUAAGAGAAAUCCGCGACAUCCCUGGAACACUUAAUGGCCUCUAUCUUUGGCUUUGCCAGAGACUUUUUGUGAGAAAACAGUUUGCAAAGGUCCAACCAAUUCUGAAUGUAAUUCUUGCUGCUUGCAGGCCACUGACUACAGUUGAAUUGUUUCAUGCAGUGUGGACCAAAAACAUGGCAUUGUCUAUGGAGGACUUCCAGCGCAAACUAGAUGUUUUGUCCAAAGUGCUUGUUGAUGGGCUGGGAAACACAAAGAUCCUUUUCCACUACAGUUUUGCAGAAUGGCUGCUGGAUGUCAAGCACUGUACACAAAAGUAUUUGUGUAAUGCAGCAGAAGGACACCGAAUGCUAGCGAUGAGUUACACCUGUCAAGCCAAGGAUUUAUCGCCCCUGGAAGCUCAAGAAUUUGCUUUGCAUCUAAUUAAUUCAAAUUUGCAACUGGAGACCUCUGAGUUGGCGCUGUGGAUGAUCUGGAAUGGUACGCCUGUCAAAGAUUCUUUGUCAACUUUAAUCCCCAAAGAACAAGAAGUUCUACAGUUGCUGGUAAAAGCUGGCGCUCAUGUCAAUAGCGAAGAUGAUCGGACAUCUUGCAUUGUACGGCAGGCUUUGGAAAGGGAAGAUUCAAUUCGAACUUUGUUGGACAAUGGAGCUUCAGUAAACCAAUGUGAUUCAAAUGGGAGAACACUGCUGGCUAAUGCUGCAUAUAGCGGCAAUCUUGACGUGGUCAAUUUACUUGUUUCCAGAGGAGCAGAUUUAGAGAUUGAAGAUACGCAUGGGCAGACGGCACUCACUUUAGCUGCUCGGCAAGGGCACACUAAAGUUGUCAAUUGUCUGAUUGGAUGUGGUGCUAAUAUAAAUCACACAGACCAUGAUGGUUGGACAGCCCUGCGAUCUGCGGCUUGGGGUGGGCAUACUGAAGUGGUUUCUGCUCUACUUUAUGCUGGAGUAAAAGUGGACUGUGCAGAUGCUGACAGUCGAACAGCCUUGAGAGCUGCAGCCUGGGGAGGACAUGAAGAUAUUGUGCUGAAUCUGUUGCAGCACGGGGCUGAGGUCAACAAGGCAGAUAAUGAAGGUAGAACUGCUUUAAUUGCAGCAGCAUACAUGGGACAUAAAGAGAUUGUGGAGCAUCUGCUGGAUCAUGGUGCCGAGGUAAACCAUGAGGAUGUAGAUGGAAGAACUGCUUUGUCCGUUGCUGCUCUUUGUGUACCUGCUAGUAAGGGACAUGCUUCAGUUGUGAGCCUUUUAAUUGACCGGGGUGCUGAGGUGGAUCAUUGUGACAAAGAUGGCAUGACUCCACUCCUGGUGGCAGCCUAUGAAGGACAUGUAGAUGUUGUUGACUUGCUUCUGGAAGGUGGAGCAGAUGUGGAUCACACUGACAACAAUGGUCGCACACCCCUUCUUGCUGCAGCUUCGAUGGGCCAUGCUUCCGUUGUAAAUACUCUGUUGUUUUGGGGGGCAGCUGUGGAUAGCAUUGAUAGUGAAGGACGGACAGUGCUUAGCAUAGCCUCUGCACAAGGUAAUGUUGAAGUAGUACGGACCCUGCUGGAUAGAGGGCUAGAUGAAAAUCAUAGAGAUGAUGCAGGAUGGACACCUUUGCACAUGGCAGCGUUUGAAGGACACAGGUUAAUAUGUGAAGCACUUAUAGAACAAGGUGCUCGAACAAAUGAAAUUGAUAAUGAUGGCCGCAUAGCCUUCAUAUUGGCUGCCCAGGAAGGUCACUACGAUUGUGUGCAGACCUUACUGGAAAAUAAAUCUAAUAUUGAUCACAGAGGCUAUGAUGGGAGAAACGCUCUCCGUGUAGCUGCUUUAGAAGGCCAUAGAGAUAUUGUUGAGCUGCUCUUCAGCCAUGGAGCUGACAUGAACUACAAAGAUGCUGAUGGCCGGCCAACGCUUUACAUCUUGGCUUUAGAAAACCAGCUAACAAUGGCUGAGUAUUUUUUGGAAAAUGGUGCAAAUGUGGAAGCGAGUGAUGCUGAAGGAAGGACGGCACUCCAUGUUUCCUGCUGGCAAGGCCAUGUGGAGAUGGUGCAGUUGCUGAUAACGUACCACGCCGAUGUGAAUGCAGCAGACAAUGAGAAGCGGUCAGCUUUGCAGUCUGCUGCAUGGCAGGGCCAUAUCAAAGUAGUUCAGCUUUUGAUUGAGCGGGAGGCCCUGGUUGACCAUACCUGUAAUCAAGGUGCUACUGCCCUCUGUAUUGCAGCCCAAGAAGGUCACAUUGAUGUUGUGCAGAUAUUACUGGAACAUGGUGCUGAUCCGAAUCAUGCAGAUCAAUUUGGACGCACAGCUAUGCGCGUUGCUGCAAAAAAUGGGCACACGCAGAUCAUUAAGUUACUGGAAAAAUAUGGUGCUUCUAGUUUAAAUGGCUGCACUCCCUCUCCUGUCCAUACAAUGGAGCAAAAACCUUUGCAAUCGGUAUCCUCGAAAAUGCAGUCUCUAACCAUCAAAUCAAAUAGUUCGGGGAGCACUGGUGCGGGAGACCUGCAACCUGCUUUGCGAGGCUUGUCUAAUGGGCCAGCUCAUGCUUUUAGUUCUCCUUCCGAAUCCCCUGAUUCCACAGUUGAUCGGCAGAAGUCCUCUUUAUCCAAUAACUCCCUGAAAAGCUCAAAAAACUCUUCUCUUCGCACCACCUCAUCUACAGCAACUGCCCAGACUGUCCCCAUUGAUAGUUUCCACAGUAUGUCCUUUACGGAACAAAUACAACAGCAUUCAUUGCCUCGCAGCAGAAGCAGGCAAUCCAUUGUUUCUCCUUCUUCCACCACUCAUUCCUUAAGUCAGAACCAUAGUUCGCCUAACAGUGAAUUUGAAUGGAGCCAAGUGAAACCCAGUUUGAAAUCAACUAAAGCAAGCAAAACUGGGAAGACAGAGAAUUCCAGCAAAUCUGGGUCUGCUGGGAAAAAAGUGAAGCAGAGCGCUUCCUCUCAACCCAAAGUCCUAGAAUAUGAAAUGACUCAGUUUGAUAAGCGUAUACCUGUUGCCAAAUGUGGGGCCAGCGUGCCACUCAAAUCAAUGCCUACAGACACUCAGUGCAAAAUUUUGGUUCCUCCAGCACAGCAAGAAGUCUGCCGGUCUCAACAGCAAUUCUUGAUCCACCAACAAAGUGGGGAACAAAAAAAGAGGAACGGAAUAAUGACAAAUCCAAACUACCACCUUCAGAGCAAUCAGGUUUUUCUUGGUAGGGUUUCCGUACCACGAACAGUACAGGAUCGGGGGCAUCAAGAGGUUUUGGAAGGCUAUCCUUCUGCAGAGACAGAGUUAAGCCUUAAGCAAGCCUUAAAACUGCAAAUAGAGGGCAACGAUCCAAGCUUCAACUAUAAGAAGGAAACACCACUGUAAGAGGACAGUUCCACAACACCGUGAACAAAAAGAAGAGCUUCUGCCGGGAAUGGUUUGUCAUCUGGGCUGGGGAAAAAGCUCGUCUUGCUUGUUGAACCACAUUGAAAAUUACAAAUGUGAGCGCUGCAGUACAGUUACCUUGAUUACUGUCAUGUGCCUAAAAGUUUAAGGCUGCCUUCUUUAAUGUAACCUUCUGUGCUUCAGAAAGUUUAUUUUGUGUACUUUGUACUUAAUACACAGAAUAAGCACUUUCUUUCUUUCUUAGUAGCAGAAUGAUAUAUGCUGUAUUUCCCUCACGCAGCUGGAAAAAAGUUAAGAGCCAGGAAUUUAAGUUUUCUGUUUAAGAAGGCUUGAUCAGUGUAAAUGUGCCACAGUGGACUGUGUGUUGAAAAGCAAUCCUUUCUGUAUUUAUUUUGUAUCCCUAUGGCAAAAGAAGCUUAAAAGGCAAAGUGUGUCUUGUGCCACCUUAAAGAAGAAGGGAAUCCCCCCUUUUUCCCACUGGCUGAACAACUUUUUAAUUCCCUUUUAAUAUCUAAAAUUAUUCAACGUCAUUUGAACCAAAGUUAAAUGCUGUUUGGUUUUCCCUUCUUCUUAUCCCAUUGUGGUAUCAUUUUGACUAGAUAGAUUUUAAGGUGCCACAGGACUUCCUUGUCUUUUGCUGCAGUAGACGGGGUGGGGGGGCAGGUUCACAUCGUCAAAAUCCACAUGAAGGGCCUCAGCCAUCCCUCGGGGCUGUCAUUUGCAUGGAUAAUAUAGUAUGAGAAUUGGCUCAAUCCACAGAUAAUAGCCACAGUGGCACAGUGGCCAUUUAUACCAUGGUAGCAGCUCAAACAUUGAUUUUGUAGUCCCAAACAUGGGAUGGCCGAGGGAUUGUUGUAGCUGCAUCCAUGGGAGAGUUGCUUCACACAUUACCUUCUCCAUGUGAUCAUGGGCACAGACACAACACAGAAAGAACUACAGACACACGUCCCAUGGAACUGAUUUUGAACAUGUGAACUGGUCCUAACACAGCUAGUCUUCUGUACAUCUUAAAUCCCAUCGGCAUUGUUGUGAUGUAUAGUCAUUUUCUCCUUGUGUAGUUCUUUUUUUUUUUUCCUCUCAAGGAAAGCAACUCUUGUGACAGUAUUGACUAAAGUACAGUACUUGCAUUCAGCCCCAAUCAACAGUGAAGAGAAGGCUACAGUACAAUUCAUCAGGCACUGUUUCUGCUACUUGUUUGAAGGCACAUUUUAUUCAUAAGUAAGCAGGGCUUAGUUCUCAAGACCAUCCUCAUGUUAACCACUUAAUAAGGGGACUUCUGUGUCUGAACCUCCCAAACCCACAUUAGCAUUUGGAAGAGACAGCCAGCAAUAGCCCUUGCACCAGUUUUGGGUAUUGCCUGCCAACAGCUUGCUUUGCUUACCUGGGGAGGGACCAUAACUAGGUAGCAGAGCACAUAUUUUGUAUGUAGAGGGCAUCCUCUUCAAUCUCUGGCUUCUGCAGUGAAAGCAUCUCUGGGAGGAGGGCCUCUGACUUAAAUAUUGGGAAGCUGCUGCCAGUCAGAAGAUAAUGCUGGGCUGGAUGGUUGAUGGCCUGACUGUAUAAGGCAGCAUCAUAGGCUCAUAAACGAAAUCGACUGGAGCUGUCAAGAGGAGAUCCCAGCAUGGCCAGCAGGACCCUACAUACUUAAAAGUAGUUGCAGUGACUCACUCAUUCUGGCAGUAGCUGUUCUCAGUCUUGUUCGCUGCAUGCUGAAAAAGACUGAUUAGUAUUUAUUUUCAGGUGGUUAAUUAUCUGCCACCUGUUCAGAUUAUCCUUUGAUUAAAUGGAAAUUGUAUUCUCUGAACUAUCCAUGGUCUUGAUAAUGUGACUUUGAAAGGUGCACUUUCAUUUAAAAUCAUAUUGUAAAACUGGAUUUUACAAGAAAAAUUUAAGCCCGUCAUUUUGAUUUCAAAUGUAAAUAAAAACCUGUAAUAGGAGUUCAGUAGCUGUGUAUUGUAUAGGGGGGAAAGGUGUCCGAAACAGACAUACAAUAAUAUUUAUCUAUGUAAAAUCCAGUUCCCCACGUAAGUGAAUGGUUGCCAGUUUCCCCCUAUGGGAGAAAGUAAGGUCCUGACUUUGAGAUACUUCUAUACAUUCAAAAUAAAUGCUGCCCUUACUGACAGUGAUCUGGAAAUACAAAGAGUGGUGGUGUGAAGAGUGUUUGUGUUCUCCACGCACAGAGAACAUGAACACCCACUACAGCUAGGAUCCAUGAAAUACACAAAGCCACUCCUUGCACAUAGUCCACCAAUCAUAAUAAAUAUAUUACUAGUUACUACUAAUACUGAGUUGAAUGACUUGUAUCUGUUGAGAUACUUGCAAAAUAAAUGCUUAAAGUAGACUUGAAGAAAGUUUCAAGAAUAUUGGUAAAAGGCUUAUAAGGCCAAAAUGAUGUUGCCAUCUUGUUCUGAAUUUCAAGUACUGUGCAUUCGCAAUACCGCAUAAGAUCAAAGCUCUUUCUUAUUGGAUGUAUGUUUUUGAUCUGUAGAAAGACAUCCCUAAAGGUUGCCUUCCUCUCUGGAUCUCAGCUGACACUGAGAUUGUAUUUAUUUAAUUAUAUAUUGUUUCAUUACACGAUGUACCUUGUGACUAGUUGAUAAGACUUCUGGCCAUUUUCGAAAGGAGGCGACACAGAAAGCGUCACGUUUUCAGCAGAAUAAUUUUGAGGUUCGAAAGAGCUGGUGUGGGUAACAUCCCUGUGCACAGAAAUCAGCUAAAAGAAGGUCAACUAGGAAGUGCUGUCUUGCAGAAUCAAAAUCGAAAGUUCCUGCACAUGUUCAGAGAUGCUUUGGAAUGCAGCAGAGCUACUCACUUUGGCCCUCCUACAGAUGUUGGCCUACAAUUCCCAUCAUCCCCAACUAUUGGCCACUGUAGUUGUGGAUGCUGGGAGCUAUAGUCCAAAAACAGCUGGAAGUCCGCAGUUGAGUAAGAGGGCCUCAGUUGAGCCUUGGAAUACAGCAUGCGUUUCUCUGUUAUAAAAAGUGUCCAUUUGACAGGAGUGUGAGAUUCCGCAUUGCUUUAGUAUAUGGUUUUAAAACACGGGCAUUUAUGGCCUCUUGAAGAGAAAGGUAAAAUUAAUUGCCCUGGGACAUUGGCGUUCCUGCUUUUGAAAUUGUGAGCUAUUUGGGUGUGGUUCAGUUACGUUAAGCCAUGAAUUGGCAGGACUGAGCUAUAACUGAGCAGAAUUUGAGACCAUUCAUUGUCUCCAUUCCAUUGCUCUCUGUAUCUCCAUUUUGCCCAAAGCCAUCACCAGAGUGGGCAGGACUAGGGAAGGUGUCACAAUUCAUGCCUGGAAGGCUAGGAAACGGCUGUGAGCAUUAAUAUCUCUACCGCUUGCAUGUCAAGAAAACCACCUUAAAAGGGAACUGAAUGGCAAAUUUAUUCACAUCUAACAUAUUUAGAUAUCGUUCUGCCCUUUAGUCCUUGUCAUGAUCAGUAUUGGAAAAUGGCUUUGUUUUUACUUAAAGCAUCAUUUUCUCUUGUCAGCUAUGCUGCUAUGCAAAUGUCUGUUUGCUUGAUAUCCUCCAUUGGAAUUCUUCAAAUACCUUGGUGCGCAGAUAAGACUGUGUUUUUUUUCCCUUGACUGGGUUGUAAAUAGCCUAAAAUGUACAUUGAAUUUCACAUUGUAAAAUUUUAUUUUAUUUCUUGUAUUAUAUUAAGCAAAAAAAAAACCCUUAUGUAUAUGAAAGUGCAUAAUAAAUAUAUUUGCUUUUCAGCAGA